UGAACAUUCCCGUGGGUGGCUUGUUCAGGUUGAGAGAGAUGAAGGGUUCGAUGAGUAGCUAUGGCUAUGGCAUUGCCGUGGUUGUGGUGUUGGCUUUGAGUUUGAGUUUGGGUGCAUCAACGGAGCAACUGAGCUCAAGAGAAUGCGAGAACCUCGGUUUCUCCGGACUCGCUUUGUGCUCUGACUGCAAUACUUUUUCCGAAUAUGUCAAGGACAAAGAGUUGGUAUCGGAUUGUUUCAAGUGUUGCACGGAAGACUCCAAUGAUGCCACUACCAAGAUUACUUACUCUGGAGCUGUACUGGAAGUCUGCAUGAGGAAACUUGUUUUCUAUCCUGAAGUUGUUAGCUUUAUUGAAGAGGAAAAGGAUCAGUUUCCAUCAGUUAAAGUUCAAUAUGUUUUUAAUUCUCCACCAAAGCUAAUCAUGCUGGAUGAUGCAGGUCAACAGAAGGAAACAAUCAGAGUUGAUAAUUGGAAACGUGAACAUAUACUGCAGUUCCUGCGAGAGAAGGUGAAGCCUUUGGCAGCUGUUUGAGAAGGUUUUACCCGUUCACUGCCAUGCUUUCCCACUUAACAAAAAAUGAGUGAGAGAAUAUAUGCGGUAACUUAGACAAGUUAAUCAAACUUGCCCUGGUUACUAGUCACCCGAAUAACGUAUAAAAUAUUGUAGUUUGAUCAAUUUGAGAUAAUUCUGAGCAUUUCUGACAAUUGAUUGCAAUAGGGCAGUUUCCUUUUCCCAGUUUUUAUGGCAACUGAAGUCUUGUAAUAUUCAUUGGUGACAAGCUUGUUUCAAUAUUCAUCAGAGUGAUAAUACGUGUAUAGCUA